AUGACUAAAGUUAUUAAAAUAUUAAGUGGGUUUUAUAUCCACCAUUUUUUCAAAAAAUUUUUAUUAAAACUUAAAAAUAAGAUAAACCAGUUCAAAUAUUCAAACUUACACAAACAACAGAGAUGUGUUUGUGUUGAGUUAUUGCGUAUCCCCAUUACU